AUGGCUGCCGAUGCUGUCUUCAAUCAAGUCGAUCUUAACAAGGAUGGACGUGUUGAUAUUGGUGAAUUCAAUAACUUCCUCGGUCAAAAUGGUAGUGCUGGUUCAUGGGAAACAUCAUCAGUAGGUGGUGGUUGGGGUACUGGUGCUGGUUGGAGUGCUGGCUGGGGCGGUGGUGCUGGCUGGGAUGCUAGUGCUUCAGGCUAUGAAUUGGGAGCAUCAGGUGCUGCUCUUGGUGGUGCUUAUGAUGCAUCAUACGCUGUUGGUGGUGGUUUUGCUGAUGCUGGUCUUGUCGGUGGUGGUGCCAGUUACCAAACACUCUCAAGCGGUGCUGCAUAUGGUGGUGAUGCUGCUUUCAUUGCUGGUGGAGCAGGCUAUGGUUCAUCAGCAGUUAGUCAAGUUCACUAUGCUACUGAUGCUCAAGGUCUCUUCCAAGAUCCAAAUCCACAAAUCAUUCGUCGUCCAGCUCCCGGUGGCGUACAAACAUACACACAAAAUGUUCGAGUUCGCUUCCUUCAACCUCCACCAGUCCCACCCCCAGGCCCACUCAUCAUCAGAGAAGUGCGCCCACCUCAACCACCUGUACCACCCCCACUUCGUCUUCGUCAAGUAGCUCCACCUCUUCCAACACCACCACCACUCGUUCUCCGUGAACGACCACCAGUACCACCACCAGUGAUUGCAUCACAAACUGUCAUUCGUCGUUUGGCUGGUUUACCAGUUCCACCACGAUCGGUCAUCAUCGAACGUAUCCCACCUGCUCCACCACGACCACGUGACAUCGUCUUGGAACGUUGGGUUCAAUAUGGACCUCAAGCAAAACGUCGUACCCUUCUUCAACGUGCUCCUGCUCCAGCACCAUACCCAGCUCCACGAAACGUUAUCAUCCAAUACGAACAAUCUCCAGCUCGUAUUGUUCGACAAUUCCAACGCCUCGGUGUUACUGCAGCUAGCCCAUCUGCCUAUGUUCAAACAUAUGGUGCUCAACUUCUUGAUGGUGCUUCACUCGUUGCACAAGCUCGUGCUGCUGGUGUUGUUGAAGAUAUCUCAGCUCAUGGUUAUGUUGGUUAUGGUGCUGGUGCCUAUGGCCAAGAAUCAUGGAGUGCUUCAUCAGGUUUAGCUGGUGGUGCUGGUCUUGUUAGUGGAGGUGUUCAAGUUGUUGAUGGUGGUUAUGGUGUUAGUGGUGGUUAUGGUCUUGGUGGUGGUUAUGGUUAUGGUCUUGGUGGUGGUUAUGGUCUUGGUGGUGGUUAUGGUUCAUCAUCAUGGGAAUCAUCAGGCUACUCAUCAGGUGGUCUUAGUGGUUGGGAAGGCGGCCUUGUUAGUGGAACUGAUGCUGCUUUCGUUAAUGCUGACACCAAUCUUGAUGGCACUCUUGAUCAAGGAGAAUUCCGUCAAUUCCUUGAAUUUGUAACGGUGAACGUAGAACUUUUUCUACGCUAUGUUAUAAUUGGUGGUAAAUUUGAGGAACAUGAUUUUUGGUCAGUGAAAUAA